AUAGUUAACUUAUUAGGGUUUUAAAAAUUCGCAUUCAUUCUCUCUCCCAUUUUCUUCCUUCGUUCCUCACUGCUAUGGCGUCCUCUUUCCUCCGCUCAAAUCUCUCACUACUCUCGCUCUACCCUCCAACAACAACCCAACCAAUCACCACCAACACACCCAGAAGUUUUCUCACCAUACGAUGCGGCCCACGAGACAACCGUGGUCCUCUAGUCAAAGGCCGAGUACUCAGCACAGAAGCAAUCCAAGCCGUCCAAUCCCUCAAACGAGCUCACAGACUCCACGACCAAUCCAAGCUUAACCACCUCCUCUCUAAAUCCAUUUCUCGUCUCAUCAAGCCCGAUCUCAUCGCCACCUUCAACGAGCUCCUUCGUCAAGAUCACUGCGAUCUAGCCCUCAAAGUCUUCUCCUCCGUCCGAUCAGAAUUCUGGUACAAGACCGAUUUGGGUCUUUACGCCGAUUUGGUCUCGGCUUUGGCGCGGAAAGGCAUGACGGAGGAUAUUGACCGUCUGAUUUGUGAUCUGGAGGAGGAGGGUGUGAUUGAAUGUGAUGAUAAGGGGCUUGUAAGGCUUGUGAAGGCGUUGAUUGCGGCUGAGAGAGUGGAAUCGACGGUUAGGAUUUAUGGGUUGAUGAAGAGGAGUGGGUGGGGGGCCACUUGUGUCGCUGAUGAGUAUGUGGCUAAGGUUUUGAGUAGGGGUUUGAGGAGAUUAGGAGAGUGGAGGCUUGCUGAUGAGAUUGAUGUGGAAUUUGACAAGUUUUUCAGGGGUGUUUUCGACAAAGUUAGGCCUUAACAGAUUUAUAAUGUUUUUUUUUUUUUUUUUAAUAAAUAAAUUUUAGAAUUUGAUUUUAAUUCUUAGUUUAUAUUAUUAUGAUUCUUUUAUGUUUUCUUGUUUUUGUUUUUCAACUAGAAAAAUGCUAUUCAUAUAUAUUACAAUAAUGUAACAAUGUCAUUUUGGAGUGCUACACCAAAAAAGCAACAUUCCGGCAAGGCUGAAACAUUAUGUUGCAAAAGUUAUGGUCACUGAUUCUGUGAAUGUUUGUCGGAACUAUAAUCAUUGUUCGACUCACUAAUUUCUGGCUGAUUAUUUUUCUUUUCUGUUUUGAAGAUUCAGUUUUAUUUCCUGUCCUAAUGGAUUUCAUGUUUUAAAAA